AGCCAAGCUCUGGGCUGGGCGGGCAGGCGUCUGUCUAAGAGAGCCAGCCAGGAAGAGACUGGAACCAGGCCUCGAGGGACAAGACCGGGGAGAGGCCCAGGACAGGUGGGCUGGCUAGUCGCCCCUGUCACUAUGCAGGAAGGUAACUUCCUGCUGUCUGCCCUGCAGCCUGAGGCUGGUGUUUGCUCCCUGGCGCUGCCCUCGGACCUGCAGCUGGAUCGCCGGGGUGCUGAAGGGCCGGAGGCUGAUCGGCUUCGAGCUGCCAGAGUCCAGGAGCAAGUCCGAGCCCGCCUCCUGCAGCUGGGCCAGCAGUCGCGGCACAAUGGGUCUACUGAGCUUGAUGGCUCCGCGGAGAGCACCAGAGGACUGCCCAGGGGUCAAUACCACACUAUGCAGAGUGGCUUCAGCUCCCGAUCCCAGGGUAUGAGUGGAGACAAGACCUCGACCUUCCGGCCCAUCGCCAAGCCGGCCUACAACCCAGCCUCCUGGUCCUCCCGCUCAGCCGUGGAUCUGACCUGCAGUCGGAGGCUGAGUUCUGCCCAUAAUGGGGGCAGUGCCUUUGGGGCUGUGGGAUAUGGGGGUGCCCAGCCCACUCCACCUAUGCCCACCCGGCCAGUGUCCUUCCAUGAGCGAGGUGGGGCAGCCAGCAGAGCUGACUAUGACACAUUGUCCCUGCGCUCACUGAGGCUGGGGCCGGGGGGCCUGGACGACCGUUACAGCGUGGUGUCUGAGCAACUAGAGCCUGCAGCCGCCUCUACCUACAGAGCCUAUGCUUACGAACGCCAGGCCAGCUCCAGCUCUAGCCGAGCGGGAGGCCUGGACUGGCCAGAGGCCACUGAGGGACCACCCAGCAGGACCAUCCGUGCGCCUGCCAUGCGGACCCUGCAACGAUUUCAGAGCAGCCACCGAAGCCGUGGGGGUACCGGGUCAGUGUCAGGAGCUGGCCUGGAGCCAGUGGCCCGAGCCCCAUCUGUACGUAGCCUCAGUCUUAGCCUGGGUGACUCAGGCCACCUGCCGGACGUACGUGGGUUGGACAGCUACACAGGCCACCGAACCCUGCAGAGGCUCAGCAGUGGCUUUGAUGACAUUGACCUGCCUUCAGCAGUCAAGUACCUCAUGGCCUCAGACCCCAACCUGCAGGUGCUGGGGGCGGCUUACAUCCAGCACAGAUGCUACAGUGAUGCAGCAGCCAAGAAGCAGGCUCGCAGCCUCCAGGCAGUGCCGAGACUGGUGAAGCUCUUCAACCACGCCAACCAGGAGGUGCAGCGCCAUGCCACCGGUGCCAUGCGCAACCUCAUCUAUGACAACGUGGACAACAAACUGGCCUUGGUGGAGGAGAAUGGCAUCUUUGAGCUGUUGAGGACGCUUCGAGAGCAGGACGAUGAGCUGCGCAAAAAUGUUACAGGGAUUCUAUGGAACCUGUCCUCCAGUGACCACUUGAAGGACCGCCUCGCCCGAGAUACACUGGAGCAGCUCACAGAUCUGGUGCUAAGCCCCCUGUCAGGGGCAGGCGGGCCCCCCCUCAUCCAGCAGAAUGCUUCUGAGGCAGAGAUCUUCUACAAUGCUACUGGCUUCCUCAGGAACCUCAGCUCAGCCUCCCAGGCCACUCGCCAGAAGAUGCGUGAGUGCCAUGGGCUAGUGGAUGCUCUGGUCACCUACAUCAACCAUGCCCUGGACGUGGGCAAGUGUGAGGACAAGAGUGUGGAAAAUGCUGUGUGUGUGCUGAGGAAUUUGUCCUACCGCCUAUAUGAUGAGAUGCCACCAUCAGCACUGCAGCGGCUUGAAGGCCGCGGCCGCAGGGACAUGGCGGGGGCACCACCUGGUGAAGUGGUGGGCUGCUUUACACCCCAGAGUCGGCGGCUGCGAGAGCUUCCUCUCACAGCCGAUGCACUCACUUUUGCUGAAGUAUCUAAGGAUCCCAAGGGCCUUGAGUGGCUGUGGAGCCCCCAGAUCGUGGGGUUGUACAACCGACUGCUGCAGCGCUGUGAACUAAAUCGGCAUACGACAGAGGCGGCUGCGGGAGCGCUACAGAAUAUCACCGCGGGUGACCGCAGGUGGGCAGGUGUACUGAGCCGCCUGGCCCUGGAACAGGAACGCAUCCUGAACCCCUUGCUGGACCGCGUUCGCACCGCUGACCACAACCAGCUGCGCUCACUGACUGGCCUCAUCCGAAACCUGUCUCGGAAUGCUCGGAACAAGGACGAGAUGUCCACAAAGGUAGUGAGCCACCUGAUUGAGAAGCUUCCUGGUAGUGUGGGUGAGAAGUGUCCCCCGGCUGAGGUGCUGGUCAACAUCAUAGCUGUGCUCAACAACCUGGUAGUAGCCAGCCCUAUUGCUGCCCGAGACCUGCUCUACUUCGAUGGACUCCGAAAACUGGUAUUCAUCAAAAAGAAGAGGGAUAGCCCUGACAGUGAGAAGUCAUCCCGGGCAGCCUCCAGCCUCUUGGCCAACCUCUGGCAGUACAGCAAGCUCCACCGUGACUUCCGGGCGGUAUGUUUUACAGAGUCCAUCAACGGGGUCUUGGGGCAUGAGGCUCAGUACAGGAUGCAGGUCACCAGGAGAGGGACACAAGCCUGGAACACAGAAGCAAGGGGCCCAGGCUGUGCACGGAACAUUAUAGGGAAGGCAGGAUCUCAGGGAUAGCAAAGGCAGUCCUGAUCUCUCUGUCCUCUCUUCACUGCAGAAAGGCUACCGGAAAGAGGACUUCCUGGGCCCAUAGGUGAAGCCUCCUGGAGGUGAAGUGAUUCAGCUUCCAAGAGACAAGCUCAGCUCCUGCUGUCCCACAGCAUACAGAAGAAGAGCUGAUGACCACAGGACUUCUCUCUCUCUCUCUCUCUCUCUCUCUCUCUCUCUCUCUCUCCCUGGAGUCCCAUGUGUGCUCUUGAGGGACCAGGGCCACCAGAAAAGAACAGGCGCUUGCAACUGGAAAUUGGCUUCUGCAGGCAGGGAAGGGGGUAGGGCUUGAGCUGCUCUGGUGUGCUGGGUGGUGAUCAGUCACAAUGGCAAGGGUGGGGCUGCCCCUGGCCUGAUAGCUUUGUGACGGGCAACAUUGGGAAUAAAGGUGGUUUUGAACAGAG